AUGGCAACACCAGCUCCAACUCACCCGGGCCCAGAGCACCUGGUUACUGUCAAGGUCCUGUACAAUGACAGCAAUCGACGCUUCAAGCUGCCUUUGAAGGACCUCAAAGCCCAAAUCCUCCCCCGGAUGCUUCGAACCCUUCUCGGCGUUCCUGCGGAUGUCAACGUCAUCCUCGAACGUUAUUCCGACAGCGCCGGCUCUUACGUUCGCCUGGACUGUGACAACGUAGGAGUCUACAAGCAGCUUUACCGAGCUGCCAAGGCCAAAUCCAAGCUUCGUAUCAAGGUUUCCACACUCGACACAUCAUCAACGCCCAUUCCUUCAGAGCCCACGAUGGAGUUCAACCAGCCUCGUCACAAUUACCUUGAGACUGUCUUGAGCCCCGCUGCCACUUCCACUCCCCUAAUAUGCCACCCUUUCGAGAUGGAGGCAGACAAGCAUCAGUUCCCAGUCAUCUCUCACAACUCCCCCAACGGCAUGUUCUGCAUCGACUGCAACAAAUGCGGUCGCUCCAUUGCCAACGGUCACUACCACUGCAGCAUUUGCGAGAACGGAGACUACGACUUGUGCCCACAGUGUGUCACUGCAGGUGCAACUUGCGGCGGCGAUGGCCACUGGCUGAUCAAGAGAAUUGUCAAAGACGGUGCCGUCACCAACAGUACCACUGAGAUUAUUCCUCCCCGUGGACCCUCGAUCGAAGCCCCCGUCCAGCUUCCCAUCCACCUCCCCAUCCAGGUUAAGCGCGAGGUGAUCACCAAGCCGGUGGUCCACGUCCCUGAGUCAGUCCAAGAAUUCAUUCCAGAGCCAGCUACCCCUUCGCCUUGUUUGGAUGCUGCCGUUCAGGGCGAAGACAAGCCAAUUUGUAAUGGAUGCUGUCGUGCAGACGAGAGCAAUCUUGUACGCUGCAAUGAUUGCGAAGACUACGACCUUUGCCUUCGCUGCCUCCUCCGAGACAAGCAUGGCCACCACCCUGGUCACACUUUCCACCUCGGAUCUGACCGUAACUUCUGCCUGAAGAAUCUCAUCACAUCUCGCUGCCUGCCUGGCCGCCAGUUCCGCCAUGCGGCUGUCUGCGAUGGAUGCGACAAGCGCAUCGUUGGCGUCCGUCACAAGUGCCUGGCGUGCCCUGAUUGGGAUCUCUGCCCGGAGUGUAUUGUGAACUCCUCUGAGAGCCACCCCAACCAUCGCUUCGUUCCAAUCUACGAUACUAUCGGCGAGGCUGCACGUGAGCAUGAAGUCCACUAUGGUAUUUUCUGUGAUGGCCCUCUCUGCAAGAACAAGCCUGCACAGAGCUACAUCAACGGCGUUCGUUACAAGUGCGCUGUGUGCGAUGAUACCGACUUCUGUGCAAGCUGCGAGGCCCUUCCCACCGAUCACCACAACCGCACUCACCCACUGGUCAAGUUCAAGACCCCCGUUCGUAGCGUGACCGUGAGCACCAUGGGUGAUGACGGCUCGAACCGAGCAGUCGCUCUGGGUGAUCAACCCCCUCAUUUCAGCCCCUCUCAAACGGCCACUGAUGAGAAGGAGACUGUUGAAGAAGAAUCCACCGUUUCAGAGAUGGCCACCGAAGAGGAGAAGGAGCCCUUCGAGGUUGAGUCUCCCACACCUGUGAACGUCGAGUCACCCGUGGCCGAGACCAUCAAGACCGAGGAAACUGAGGAGGUUGAGUACAAGGCCUAUUUCAUCUGUGACACCAUCACCGACGGCACUAAGAUGGCGCCUGACACCAUGUUCCGCCAGACCUGGACUCUUCACAACCCUGGACCCACAGCAUGGCCCGCUGGCUGUGAUGUGCGCUUUGUUGGAGGAGAUACCAUGUUCAACGUGGAACUUAACCACCCCUCCAGCGUUGAGUCUAUUCGCUCGGCGAUGGAAAGCAACAAGCUGCCGGCCCCAGUUGAGGCAGGUGGCAAUGCCGAGUUCACUGUCAAUCUGCGCACUCCCAGUCGCGAGGGUACCGCCAUCUCCUACUGGCGCCUGAAGCUCCCCAACGGCCUGGCUAUCGGUCACCGUCUGUGGUGCGAUGUGGAGGUGCAGGCAGUGUCAGAGGUUGAGGCAGUUUCGGAGGUUGAUUCUCCCGCGGAACCCGAAGCUAAAGGCAGUGUUAUGAUCUUCCCCAAACUUGAGAAGGAGUCUCCGGCAUCGAGCACCCUGCAGUUCGAAGCCCCUGCUCCACAGGCACCCACUCUGUCCAACUCCUCAGAGUGUGAUGUCCUCGAUGGGGUCGAAAGCCUCAGCCUUGACGACGACACUGACGCCGGCUUCCUCACCGACGAAGAGUACGACGUUCUCGAUGCUAGCGAUCAAGAGUUCCUGGAUGCCAGACAAUCCGCGCACUAA